AUGGACUGUAGCUGCUCGGGGUCGCAGCCUUCCAAUUCGAAGGAUGGCAGUGGCGGAGCUUCCGAAUUCCUCGUCGGCCUCCCCUCUCGCGGCCUCUUGUCCUCCACCAUCGUUUCUUCGAACCCGGGCGGGAUGCGGGUUUAUGUUUGUGAUCAUGAUACAUCACCUCCAGAUGACCAGCUUAUAAAGACGAACGAAAUGAAUAUAUUGAUUAGGUCUCUUAUGCUUAAGAAUCAGAAUUCUUGUUCAAAAGAUGGGAAAGGUAUUGCUGAGAAUCAGGGUCUCAGGAAAAGGACUGCUGAGAGACCUUUGGAUGGCAACGCAUCUAAGAGGGCCAUGUUGAGCACUGAACUUCAAGUGGGAUCACAAACUCGUGAGCCUGAUAGUCUACGUUUUUUGACCGUAGAGAGACUACGUGCUCUUCUGAGGGAGAAGGGUCUUCCCGUGAGGGGGAAAAAGGAUGAGUUGAUUACCCGUUUGAGAGCUGUGAAUGGCUAG